CAGCUGCAAGGUGAGAUACCUUCCACUCGGGUUCUAGCGAUUGAGGGUUUAGGGGCUAAACGAGGCUGAGGACUGUUGCCAAUAGAUAUGGCGACUUUGAGCCUCAAGCCAGGAAGCAGGUUUUCAGUGACAGACUGGCAGACCAAUGCUGCUCUCAUCUCCACAAAUGCAGAGAGGCAGCGCAUUUCUUCUCAUCAGAUCCGUCAAGAAGCACGGGCUCUUCGCAAUGAGACCAGCAACCAGACAAAGUGGGAUGAGCAGGACAACAGCACCCGCCUUGCUGAACGCAUAGAUGAGGUGGAGAAGUGGCGGCAAGUGCUUGACAAGUGUUUGUCUGAGGUCGAUGCUGAAAUCAAUGCCUUGACUCAGAUCAAAGAUGAAGCAGAACAAGCCCUGCAAGCUAAAAACAUCCCUCUUGAUGUGGCCAUUGAAUGCUUCACUCAUCGAGAGAGCCGCAGGGAGAUUGAUCUAGUGAAAGAUCCUGUUGAGGAUGAGCUGCACAAAGAGGUGGAAGUGAUUGAAGGUGUCCGCAGGGCUCUUCAGCAAAAGAUCAGUGAGGCAUUUGAGCAGCUAUGCCUCCUACAGGAAGCACGACACCAGCUGAACUUUGACCAGAGAAGCAAGACUGAUACAGUGGAAAUAGAUCAGACCUGCCUAUCACUUACUAAGAAUUCACCAAACAUCUCUCUUAAAGUGGAUCCAGCUCGUGUACUAAAUGGGACCACCACCCCCCAGGAAUGGGAGCAAUUCAGCCGUUACAGUAAGGAACGAGCAGAGGCUGAGGUCAGAACCUCUGGAAGACUAAGAGAAUCUAUUGCUUUGACUAUUGCACAGACAAAUAAUGAAUGUGAAGCUCAAAGAGUGGCAGUGGAGUUUGCUUUCAGGAAGAGGAUCCAUGAAUUUGAGAGAGCUCUGGCUGAGCUAAACUGGCAAGAGAAAAAUACUAAGGAGGAAAUUGAAGAGAUGGAAGGUGAUAUUAGGCACCUUGAUGAAGAUCUGAGAGAAAAGAAGGGGUCUCUGAAGCUGGCUCACACGCGACUGGAGACCCGUCUGCACAGGCCCAAUGUGGAGCUCUGUAGGGAUCAGGUGCAAUAUGGUUUGACAGAUGAAGUCCGACAAAUUGAAGGCACCAUUGCUGCCCUGAAGGAAAAACUGUCUCAGUCACAGAAUGCUCUGGAUGCUUUGUAUAAGCAUCUAGCCCGAAUAGAAGAGGACACCAAGUGGAAGCAGAACUCUCUCAUCCUAGACAACAAAUGUUUAGAUACUCGUCGCAAACUCACACUGCCUCCUGAGAAAUAUGUUGCAACUUCAGACAUGUUCAAUCGCACCACCAACCGCAAUCUUUCACCCCUAAAGAGUCAGCAGCUAGAAUUGGCUUAGAGCUCAGAGAUCUAUAAUAUUUAAAUAAAACCAGAAUUAAGCAAUACUGAAUGUAUUAAACAGAAGCACUAAGUAUCUUUAGUAUAUUUAGCAAGCAAAAAGAAACAAAGGAAUCUAGAUGAAACUGUCUGCAAAAAAGGGAGUGCAUAACUAAGAUUUAAAUAAAUGCUGUAGAUGUGCAAAUAAAAAGUAUUAAGUCUGCAAAUAUUUAAUAAAAAGGAACAGUAUUGUUAUUUAGAGAUUAAA